UCCGGUGGCGUGACCUGAGCGCGUUGGUCUGGCGGAGCAAGAAGGUCUGCGCUGGCGGCCGGGACUGUAUUAGGAAUCUUGGAAGCACUGCCAACAUGUCUGAUGUUCAAGAAGCCACUAACCAACUCUUGGAUGUGAACCUUGAUGAGAACUGGAGGUCUAUACAAGUGACAGGAAGUGAUCCCAGAAGUGAGUCUGAGCACCUCCAAGUCACUGUUGGAGCCACUGUACCUACUGGUUUUGAGCAAACAGCUGCAGAUGAAGUGAGAGAGAAAUUGGGGUCAUCAUGCAAAAUCAGCAAAGACCGGGGCAAGAUAUAUUUUGACAUUUCAGUGGAAAGUCUGGCUCAGGUUCAUUGUCUGAGAUCAGUUGAUAACUUAUUUGUGGUUGUUAAGCAGUUUAAAGAUUACCAGUUCAAAGAAACAAAGGAAGAAGUUCUAAAGGAUUUUGAAGAACUGGCUGGGAAGCUUCCAUGGUCAGACCCUUUAAAAGUAUGGAAAAUUAACACCAGUUUCAAGAAAAAAAAAACAAAGCGCAAAAAGAUGAAUCAGAGUUCAGGUAAAGAGAAGAUUGAUAAUGGGCAAGGAGACAAGACAGAUGAGAAAGAUGAUAAAAAAGGAUUCACUAACAAUACCUUAGAUUCCCAUAUCUUAGACUAUUAUGAAAAUCCAGCCAUCAGAGAAGAGAUAUCAACAUUAGUAGGUGAUGAUUUGGCAUCUUGCAAAGAUGAGAAGGAUGAAAGUUCAAAAGAAGAAACUCAUCCUGAAGUGCUGAAGUUUAGAGUCACAUGCAACCGGGCAGGAGAAAAACAUUGCUUUUCCUCAAAUGAGGCUGCAAGAGAUUUUGGGGGUGCUGUUCAAGAUCACUUUAAGUGGAAGGCUGACAUGACCAACUUUGAUGUGGAGGUUCUUUUGAACAUCCAUGAUAAUGAAAUUGUUGUGGGCAUUGCAUUGACAGAAGAGAGUCUCCACCGAAGAAAUAUCACACAUUUUGGACCUACAACACUUAGAUCUACUCUUGCCUAUGGGAUGCUUAGGCUCUGUGCUCCUCAACCUACUGAUAUAAUAGUUGAUCCGAUGUGUGGAACAGGAGCAAUACCAAUUGAGGGGGCUACUGAAUGGUCUAACUGUUAUCAUAUUGCUGGUGAUAAUAAUCCGUUGGCUGUGAAUAGAGCAGCAAAUAACAUCUCAUCUUUAUUGACCAAGAGCCAAAUUAAAGAAGGCAAAGUGUCCUGGGGCUUGCCCAUAGAUGCUGUUCAGUGGGAUAUCUGCAAUCUGCCAUUGAGAACUGGCUCUGUGGACAUUAUUGUAACAGACAUGCCAUUUGGAAAAAGGAUGGGCUCCAAAAAGAGAAACUGGAACCUUUAUCCAGCUUGCCUACAGGAGAUGAGCCGUGUCUGUAGACCAGGGACAGGCCGAGCUGCACUACUUACUCAGGACAAGAAAUGCUUUACCAAGGCAUUAUCUGGAAUGGGACAUGUUUGGCGGAAGGUACAUACUGUCUGGGUGAACAUAGGGGGUCUUCAUGCAGCAGUUUAUCUUCUGAAACGUACACCUCAAGCUUUUGUUCAUCCUUCAGAACAAGAUAAGGAAAGAACUCCUUGGUGAUGCAAAGAAUGAAGAUGGUUAAUGGUAUUUGUGCCUCCCAGCACUGGGAAUGUCCAGCAUGAAGAACUUGGUUUGAGAGAAAAACAGUGUUAAUAAAAUUGCAGUUUGCAGUUUAAACUGGUCUAAAGCUCUUCACCUUUGUUAGCAAAAGGUGUGAAUGGAAUUGAAGUUCUUAAGCAGAGCUUUGGAGCUCUUUUUGAAGAGCCGGGCAAUUACUACUUAAAAUGCUUUCAAGAUCCUAAGCCUACUAAAAUGCCCUAGGAUUUGGGUUUUGAGUAUCUAUUUUCAGGCUUCAUAGCAGUUCCUGUUUUCCGUUGUAGCACGUAGAAAGCUACCCUGGCCUAAUGGAAAGGAAGAGAACAUAAUCAAAACAUUUUGGGCCAUACUACAUUGCCUGUGCAGCUUUGCUCUUUAUAGUUUCUCAAGUUGGCUUUACCUCACCCUUAAUAAAAUGAAGCAUUCCAUUUUGUGAGUAGUGUUUGCCCUCUGACAAGAAAUCUCACCAGACCAACUGGAAAGUUUACCAUCUGCCUUAAAAAUUAAAAUAUGCAUGUUAU